CUAAGCAAUACAAGACUUAUUCAGACCGUUCGGACUGAGACGGGCGAUUCAAAUAACUCUAAUGCGAACGAAACUGAAGACCGAUUAAAUCAAGACCAGUUUCAAACCUGCGGGCCAACUACACACCACGCGUCGUGUAUUCAAACCGUUUCUCUAAUAUAUUCCGUCGGAUUUAUGCGUGUCUUAGUGCAUACGUUAUCUUCACUUCAUCACAACACGCAUCUAAGUGAUAGUUCAACUCGUCGCGGUUUGAAUGCAUACCUACACUAGACGCGUCUUGUUCCUGAGAUGAAAUGCAGUUCUGUAGAAGGCGAAAAUUAUAUUGCAUUCUUUUAAUCGUCGGCUUUUUUGCAGCGUUUGUUUCCUACGUCACAAUCCCUGAUGCUGUGGUAUCUAGCGAUAUUAUCGUAAAUGACCACGAAACCGAAGGUGCAAGGGUCUCGCAAAAGAAUCAGGAUGGAGCAUCCGCGGGUAAUGGAGAGAAACACAUUCCCAAUCAGAAUAAAUCGUUGGUCUGGCAACCAAUUGAAAAGCCUGACGAUCAACUAGGAUCUCAACUGAUAGAAAACAGGGGGUAUGGUCACUCGCAGGUGGUUGUGUCCACGACAACUAUAGAGAACGGUCAAGAUAAUUUAGACUGGACCAAUAUCUUGGAAGAGGGCAACGUGGAUACAACGAAUCGGAUAAAUUCAGGCGAAAUUCAAGGAGACAAGUUCCCAGGACAAAAAGACAAUUCAAGGAGUCAGGCUGAUUCAGUGCAAAGAAAUGUGACUGAGACAAAGCCACUGGCUGUUGUCAGCGGUGCCCCUGGCGACGAAACGACUAUAAAUAGUAACAUAUUUGUUGAACGUUCAAAACGACGAGCAGAGGUAUGUCGAAAUCAUCCGUCUCUCUCUGGUGACAUUUUAAAAUAUAUUCGCUCUUUCGAUCCCCUGACUAGCUUAGUUAUGGAAACCCAAUAUAUUGUCUACAGCGAUUUCAACGUAUUAUACUGCCAAGUCCCCAAGGCAGCAUCAACAAAUUUCAAGCGUCUAUUCCUUCUAGCGGAAGGAUCCAAAAAGUCUAAGAAAAUCGGAAACGGAACAUUAGAUUUGAUGAAACUUUCCCCAAGUGCAACUUGGGGGAAAACGCGAACGACGUCCAUUAGACUGCAGAACGUGAACGAAAGCUUUGCCAGAAAUGUGGUUCGCAAUUUCACCAAAGUUCUUAUAGUUCGCCACCCUCUGGAGCGUCUCAUUUCUUACUACAGGAUGGCGUUCGAGACCACAGCGUAUGAAAACUUCAAUAACAAAGGUGGCGCGAAGGCAUUAUUUGCACACGUGCAGUCCCAAUAUAAAAGACCCGUCCCCAAAUUUGCAAAACAGUCAGAGACGCCCCAUUUAUCUUUCGAAGAGUUUGUUCAGUUUGUGAUAGACAGCGACGCUUCCAUCCGGAAUCGGUCUUGGACUAUGCAUCACUUGAUAGAUGCCCAUUGGAUGCCUGUAUCACGACAAUGCCACCCGUGUGCUUUAGACUAUGAUUUUAUCUGCAAAGUAGAAACCCUAGACACCGAUCUUAAACUGCUUGCCAAACAUUUAGGCAUAGCCAAGGCCAUAAAGUACCCCGAGCAACUAAAGAGGACUUCCCACGGCUUUCUAAAUGAAUAUCUAACAAAGCUGCCACCAGCUCAAAUGGAGAAACUGGUUAAUGUGUUUAAGUUGGAUUUUGAGUUAUUUGGAUAUAAAACGGAGAUAGAAUGAAAUAAAAAAAAAUUUGCACACCACGCUUGUGGUGAUAGUUAGUUUCCAGUAUCCUCUGAAAUUCAGAGGGCGGCGUCAUAGACUUGGCGCCAUUGCAAUUAGAUAGAUAGAUAGAUACACACACUGGACAAUAGAAGUGUCUUCCCCUGAAUCAGAGUAAUCAA